AUGGCCUCCACUUCGACAGGAGAGACAACGCCUCUUCUCCCCCAGCAUCACCAACAUCCAGCUUCCUCUAAUACGUCACCGUCACCGACACCGAAAGGAAACCGCCCGCCGCGGACGGUGACAUUCAACCCUCUGGCCACGGUCAGCACAUACCACGAUGCUGCCUCUGCCGAUCCUACCUUUAGACCGUUGCAUUCGAAUGCCUCUUCCUUUCCCAGUUCUUCAGAUGGCCAACGCCCGACCGGGUUAUCCGCGUUGAACAGCAAGCUCCGUCGUCGCAACAGCCAUGGCUCCCCUUACAGCGCUGCCCCGAUGGCUGCAGCUCCGAAAGUCGGUCCGCAGCGAACAACGAAAAAGGCCCAGAAGCUCAAGCUGCUGCCGGAUCCUGUGACGGCCGCUGAGGAGGCGGUCGAGGGCGAUUUCCCGUCCGACGUCUACUCCCAGAUUGCACGAAUCAAAGAACCCGCCGCGAGAAGUCACGCUGCAAGGCUAGGAAAGGCAGACAGAGAUCGACUUCCCCGUGUAACGGCGUACUGCACGGCCAAUUCUUAUCGAUUGGACGGCGUGAUCAAGUUUCUCAAAUCGCGGGCCAACACCCGUGGGGCCAACCCGAAGUUGUACGACGAGUGUGUCUAUUCUCCGUACGAUUAUGAAUAUGAGGAGAAAAAAGCGGGUUACCGGAGCGCCUCGGAUGAUAACCUGGGCACAGUCAGUGGCCCACCUCCUGAGAGGCCUUCCGGAGAGCGCAGGUACUCGGAUAGUGCGGUUGAAAUCGACGACAGUGCCAAAGCUCGAAGGGAAGACCUGAUUGAUCUCCAAGAUGCAGAAUUUCCGUCUGAGCUGGCUCAUACACCCGAAAAUGCCAUAUCCGCAUCUCAUGUCGCAGAGACUCCCGACUUUGAUACAACGAUACAUACCCCUGAAGUAUUUCUAUUUGAUUACGGCACGGUGGUCAUAUGGGGCAUGUCUCCCGCUCAGGAAUCACGAUUUCUCUCCGACAUAUCGAAAUUUGCGACCUCCAUUUUGAGUCCGGAGGACACGCAAAUCGAGAAUUUUAAUUUCUACUACGCUCGCGAAUAUCAAGCCCGGAUAUACAAUGACUUCAUCUCGCUACGAGACCCUAAGAGCAACAUGAUCAAGCUGGCUAUAUCACAUGCUCUGGCACAGUCCGUCAAGACCUCUCUUUUCGAAGAUCUGGUCUCCGAAACGAUCUCGAAUACCGCCCCGCUACCGGCCCAGAUUGCACAGACGGGCAGUGUCAACCUUACGCGGCGACAAAUCAACAUGCAGAUCGGCGAACUGUUCAUCCUGCGCAUCAAUAUCCAUUUGCAGGGCUCUGUCCUCGAUAGUCCGGAACUGAUGUGGGCAGAACCGCAGCUAGAACCUGUUUAUCAAGCCGUCCGGAGCUAUCUGGAGAUGGACCAACGCGUGAGUCUCUUGACCGAGCGUCUGGACGUGAUUGCGGAUCUUUUAGCCGUCUUGAAAGAGCAGUUGACUCACCGUCAUGGCGAAUAUCUCGAAUGGAUUGUCAUCGUUUUAAUUGCCGCCGAAAUCCUCGUCGCUGCCAUCAACAUCGUGGUUGAUUUAUACGCCGGGGUGGAUUAA